AUGGCAGACCCAAUUCCACCGAAGAAGACGAAGGGGCAGCAAAAGAUCGAAGUCAAAGCGAUGGAAGACGCUAAAAAGCGCAGUGUCACCUUCACAAAACGUAGAGCUGGCCUUUUUAAGAAGGCAGACCAGCUCUGUGCUCUCAUCAGCGCCGAGGUGGCUCUCAUGGUGAUCUCUCCGGGAGGCAAGCCGUUCACGUUCGGCAGCCCCGACGUCGACGCCGUGAUAGCGAGGUACAAGAGCCAAGUGCCACAGUCGCCGACGGUGGAUCAACAGAAAGCUGAGCUUAAGGAAAUCAUGGAACAGUUGGCGUACGAGGAUAAGCGAGCAGAGGAACUGAAGCAAAGAAGGAGAGAAAUGCAUAACGAAACGUGGAUGGCUGCGCCAUGUCAAACUCAUUCUAAGGCUCAGCAAAAGAUCAUGAAGGAGCGACUAACGCAGUUGUGUAAAAUAUUCUCUCAACCUCCAGGCUUCCAUAACUUUCUUGGGCUGUUCUCCGAAUCGCCUCCGGAUUCGACCUUUGAGUUCCCAACUUGUUCUCUUACUGCGUUAUUGACUCAGAAUCCGGAGCUCCAAGAAAGUCUGAGGCUUUCAUUUCGGCUCAGUGGAAAUCAGAAUUUUGGAGGUAACGUGAUACCUACACCGCCUCGUAACUUCUACACCGGUGAAUCGUCAUCGUCUGCGAUGGCGGCAGUGACUCAGAAUCAUAUCUUUGAGAAUAAUAUGAUGAUGAACAAUCAUGACAACUUCUCCACGGAAGAAUCGUCGUCAAUGGUGCCGGCGGGGACUCAGAAUCAUAUGUUUGAUAAUAGCAUGAUACUUACACCCCCUGGUAACUUUUACCCAGGCAAAUCGUCAUCGUCGGCGCCGGCGGGGGCUCAAAAUCAUAUGCUUAACGACAACAUGAUGCUGAACAAUGAUGACAACUUCUACACAGGCGAAUCAUCGUUAGUGGUGCCGGCAAGGACUCAGAAUCAUAUGGCUGAUUACAACAUGAUACUGAGCAGCCAUGCCAACUUCUUCACAGGCGAAUCGUCAUCAAUGGUGCCGGCGGAGACUCAGAGUCAUAUGUUUGAGGGUAGCAUGAUACUGAACAGCCACGGCAACUUCUCCACAGGCGAAUCGUCGUCAAUGGUGCUGGCAGAGACUCAGAAUGAUAUGUUUGAGGGUAGCAAGAUACAGAACAGCCAUGACAACUUCUUCGCAGGUGAAUCUUCGUCAAUGCUGCCGCCGGGGACUCAACAGAGUCAUAUGUUCGGGGAUAAUAUGAUGCUGAACAACAGUGACAACUUCAACACAUGUGUAUCCUCGUCAAUGGCAUCAGAAAAUCAGAGCAUAAUGUUUGAUGAUGACAUGAUGUUGGCAGUUUAUGGUAACUUCUUUACAAGUGGAUCCUUGACAGAAGAACUGGCUUUGAAUCAAUUUAUUGAUGAAAACAUUAUGAAUCCUCCACUGGAUAACUCCAAUACAUAUCAGUCCUUGACGGCCUUGCCACCGGCUGGUGGGAAUCAAACAUCUGAUGAAAACAUUAUGGUUCCUCCGCAUGAUAAUUACCACACGUAUGAAUCUACGGUGGUGCCGGCGGCAUCUGAUGAUGAGAGUCUGCUUUUCGACGAAAACUUGAGGUUCUUUCUGGGUGAUGAAUUCUUCGCAAGCAGUUACUCUAUGGUGCCGCCGGAGCAACGUCAAACGUUUAAUGAAAAUGUGAUGCCUCCGCCGCCGCAGCCUCCGCCUUGUGAUGAAUAUGGUCCUGGAUCUUCAGGGUUCAACUGA